AUGGAGUUUGAGCAGCUGCUGGCCUUUGUUGCCCUGCUUGGCAUGCUGGUUUACUUGUACAAGACGGUUGUCGUGCCCUUCCGCGCUGCGGGCCUCACCGUCUCGCGCGACUCGAAGCGAGGCAAGCGCAUUGUGGAGCUGUGGCAGAAUAUGCAACAUGCAUAG